CUUAGCUUCUUUUAUUACCAAGAAGGACAAUACUCGCUUCUGCUCAGCUCAUUCGUGUAUAAAAGUCGGGACGAUGCAGACCCAAAUCAUAUCCCAGUACGUCCUUGCAAAGAUAAUUAUUUCACCCUUCCCAGUGGCACUACGCCGUUCACGAUGAAACCUGCACAUUCCUUUACAUAUCUCCUCGCGCUAUUGUCGCUGGUCGCUGGCUCACCGAUCCAGCAGCUGAACACCCAUACUUUACGCCUGCCACUUGAGCGUAGGAACAAUCAAAUCAGUGUUAAGAGUCUCCAAGCACACCUCAAACAAGUCACCGCGAAGUACCGUCGGGGAUUUGCGGCGUACGAGGCCAAUAAGGGACAUGCUCACCCGUUGAGCAUGCCAUCUAGCUCAAAAACGAUGAAGCGAGGUGCUGGUAAUGUUCCUUUGAUGUCUCAAGAUGUCGAAUUGUGGUAUGCCUCGAUCGAUGUUGGCACGCCUGCGAAGACUUUCACAGUGUCCAUUGACACGGGCAGCGCGGAUCUCUUCCUUCCUUCUGUCGAUUGUGAUGAUAGCUGCGACGGUCACAAUAGAUAUGAUCCAUCCAAAUCCUCAACAGCUGUCGACCUUCACAAGCUAUUCUGGCUUAGCUUUGGUGAAGGCGAAGUUGCGGGGGAACAAUUUGCUGACAACGUGGUAAUCGGAGGAUAUGAGGCUAAGGGACAGACUCUCGGGGCUGCACUAAAGUACUCUCCAGACUUCUCAAGUGAUAAUUUCACACCUGACGGGCUUGCCGGCUUUGCAUUCGAGUCUAUAUCUGAUUACCCAGCACCUCCGCUCUUUCAAACUCUCGUGGAUAGUAGACAGUUGCAGGAAGAUAUGUUUGGUGUCAAACUUUCAGCCGCCCCCGGUGCAAGCGAACUAUAUAUCGGAGGGACCAACACGGCGCUGUAUCAGCAAGACACUCUAACGUAUACACCUGUAACUGAACCAGGCUACUGGGAAGUCAAACUCGAUCAGAUAUCUCGAGCUGGCGCCCCUGUGGGGAAACCGGAGGCACCAUCCAUCAUUGACACGGGAACAACUUUAAUCGUAGCGAAUAUGAAUGAUACUGCAUCCUAUUUUGCUGGCAUUGCUAACGUUACGGCAACGGUUGACGAAUUUCAAAUAUUCAGUGCCGACAUCCGUUCACCGUGUCCUGGGGACACAUUCAAUCUCGGGCCUGUCGAAGUGGGAUCCAGUGACUGUGUGGCUGGCAUCGCAGGCUCGGACGACGUGGACUUCUGGGUCGUGGGUGACGUGUUCUUGCAGAACGUGUACUCGAUCUUUGACAUGUGUAAAUUGCGAGUUGGGUUUGCGGAGCUCACAUAAGCUCAUCAGAGCAUCUGAUGAGAGUUGUGGGAGAAGUUUUGAAUUAGGGAGUAUUACAUACGGACCUUCGACAGUACUACUAACUGUGCACACGUAUACCCUGAAUUGACAGACUUUCUGUAGCGCUA